UAUCAAGAGGUCAUAAGCAAGCCGAUCCACUUUGAUGAAGCAUUUAAACCAUUUAAUGUUGGUGCAACAAGGUUUCCAGCAAUUAACAAGGUAAUGCAUGUUGCAUAUAUUAAUUUUCUAAUUACUGAAAGGUGUAUCUUCUAUUACAACCAAUGCUUUGCCUGUCAUUUUUCGAAUCAAUACAUCUAUGACUAACAAAGUAAUGAUUUUUGUUUCAGGAUCAUGGUGGACAUCCUGGGUAAGACAACUUUUCAAUAAAAUAUUUGUCGUCUUCAGCUGAUGUAUUAAUGGUAAAGUUAUAUGGGUCUAUAACUUGCCUCACACUCCAAUUGAAGCUUUGAAUCCAACUAAGGAAAAUAAACAACCUGCCUUCACUUUCCAGCUGUUAUUAUAUUAACUAGAAAAAUUAUAAAUAAUUAUUUUGUUGCUUUGUACUUCAGGAGGCUAGGUUUACUCUUUUGUUAUAAAAUGUAAAAUUUACGUAAAGUAAAGGACAUUUUAUUUGGUUUUCCUUUUAAUACUAUAUCAUCAUCGUUAUUAUCAGUGAUGACUUUUUGAAGUUAAUUGUAUCAUUUGCCAUACCUAUUUUCAUAUUGUUUCUUUUUGUUAGUAACCUAAAAAUACUUACUUGCCCAUAGGUCAAGAGCUAAUGGUCUAUUAAAGGAUAUAGAUGUUAUAGGUCCAAUUUCAUUCCAGGGUAAAAUUUUCAACCUUGGUUGAUUCUUACUUCUCUUUCUAAUCUUAAGGAGAAAACAGAGAAUCAGGUUGAAUCAAAAUUAAUCUGAAAUCUAAUUUGUUCUGUUCCAUAGAAGUGAAUCAGGGGUGCAAAAAUGGUGCAAAGGUUUUGUUUUCCUGUAAUAAUUUCAGGCACCUAUUGUUAUUAAGAGCUGAUAUUAAGGCUUCUUUAAUUCUCAUGUUAUUGCAAAAAAGCAACAACAACCAAACAAACAAAUGUACAAAUUCACCACAGUUAUCUGUUAUCAAUGGUGUAGCUGACUCUUAUCUAGGUCGCAGAAAAUGGUACCACCCAAUGUUCAACAUUUUACGAUGAAACCACUUGCCUAUGGCUAAGCUUAAUUGGUUAGUGUCUUCUGUACCAAAUCAUGAGAAAAUAAAGCAGCUGCAAAGUCUUAACUUUUGAGAGUGGACAUUUGGAUCAUUUAGUCAAUGAUUCCGUUGUUUAAUUUUGACUUUAGACCUGGUGCUUAUGAGUUUGAUGCUAAAAGAGACAGGAAAGUGAAGUUCCAUGGCUCAUUUGGUGGGCCACAGACACUGAUAACGUCAGUUGUGAUCAAGUGUAAUGAAUUUGGAGAACCAGAUAUUGUGAGUAUUGCAGACAGAUAUAAAAUAUUGCAUAAAUAAUUAAAGGUGACUGUGACUGUCCCUUGUUGUUCAAAAGUUGGAUGGCGCUAUAUAUCCAGCAGUAAAAAUUAAUUCCUAGUAUCCAGCAGAUAAGUACUGCUAUUAGCCCGUUAAGCCCCAAUAUCCAAAUACAAAUUCUCCAAACUGAUCUUCAUACAUUUCCUUAAAGAAAUAGUUGAGAGAAUUUUUUUGCUGAUCAAGGCUUUUGCCAUCAGGUGAUUAUUUCAUAAAUAUUUCUCACAACAUUUUCCUUGAUUUGUUGAGAGAAAAUUGACUUUGGUCACUCUUGGGACUAAAGGGUUAACAAAAACAAUGGCAUUAUCCAGUGGAUAGAGAUUUAUUUAGUGGAUAGCAUUAUCCUCCUGUCAAGCGACUGGGCCCUUGUUCAUUUCUACAGCCGGCUUUAGGCCAUUUGCAUGAUGAUGACAUGUCAUAAUUUUUACUACCUGAGAAUCAUUCUGGGUUUUGCCUUUUUCUGCUGAUAAGAGUUUCCAGUGUUUAAAUCCUGCUGGGAUUAUCAGAUUUUAAUGUGAAAGAAGAAACAAAAUCGAUUGUGGUAGUUGCAUGGCAGAAAUCCUGCAAUGCUGCACUGUGAGGUUAAUCCUAUGAAUGUAGGAAGGACAUCUUUCAUGUGCAAAUCUUGGAAAUCUUACAGGAAUUUUGGAACAAAUUGAACAAAUAUUGAGCAUGCAGAGUGGUGUGUAUUGCAAUUACCUCUUGCUUAAUUUUCACUGUUGCAACUGUUGUGGGAAGGAAUAAUGAUAGAGUAUGAUUGAAAUGUGUAACUCAGAGGGUGAAAGUUGUGAAAGUGGAAGAAAGACUUUUUGUUAUUAAUAAUGUGUUCAUGCAUUUUCUUUAAAUGUGGCAUUAUUUUAUAUUAAAUAAUUCUGUUUUUCAUUACCUUUAGUGUAAAUCUUGCAGAAAUCCUCCAGUUGGAGAUUAUUACGAAUACAAAAAAGUUCACCUUUGUCGGAAAUGCUAUGAUCAUCAUUUAAAAACAGGAGAAAAAUAUACUAAAAGGUAAGAUUCUAUGUUAUGUAGAUGCCUCCUUUAUUUAAAGUCGUAAAAAUUAAGGUUAUAAACUUUCAGUGAUAAGUUAACCCUUUCACUGACAGGUUGAAUGAUGGCGUCUUGUAUGAUCGGGGGGGGGGGGCUAACUUUGAGUAAAACGAAGUCUUAAUUUGCAUGAUAGUGACCUUUCAAAUGACACUGAAAUGAAGCCGCAAGGACGGAACACCCAUUGCGGCGUAGAGCAAGGAGAUAGGGCUGUAUUCGCCGGCAGGCUUGGUUUUGGCUAACUUGUUAGGCUCUUAAAAAGAAACUCCAAAGACGUCAGGAAUACAUAGAGGAUAUUACAUGGCCGCGCGGAGAUACGAAAUUUCUGUUCGAGUGUUGGAAAAGUGAAAUAUUUUUCAACACGAAUAGAGAAAUUUCGUAUCACCAAACGGCCAUGUAAUGUUCUAUUUAUUAUAUAAACAUAAAUGAAAUGCCGAACCAUUUCACUGAAAAUAAUAUUCUUUAGCUGUGAAAGGGUGCAAUUUAUUAUGUAGUCAUAGCAACGGUGAUCUUUUCACAGGUGAAAAUGACUUUUUUUUACGUGUGAAGAUAUCACGUUUUCGCGCGAAAGCUCAUCUGUUAUUUCAUUGGUGUUUGUUUAAUAAAACAACAUUCUCAAGUUAUAAAACAAACGUUUUUUGAUGGACAUCCGUUAUCUUGAGUUUAUAUCGCAUUUACCAAGUAUACAUCAAAUGCGUUAUACGUUAGGGAAUGUUUUCAAAAACCCUAGUUACGAAGGUAAGUUGACCUAAACUGCUCGUUACAUUGAAGAUAAUAGAUGUCCGUCAAAACAUCAAUGUCAUUUUGCACAUUCAACUUAAAAAUAAGUGUAGUAAAUUUAAGAAUUACAUUAUAUUAUAAAUACUAAAAAAGCUUUCUUUAUUGCUUAUAUAAAUUGCUGCUGCAUUACAUUUCAACUGCAAAUGCAAUAAAAAUGGAAGCGGCAGCACCGAUUUGUUGCUAUUAAAAGCAGUCGGUCUUCUUGCGUUUUCUCCAGUAAUCAUACAUUCGUUUUUUUUACAGUUAUCUUCAGUCAUUCUACAAAGUAAGGGAUUGUUCAAAUAUUCAUAAUCACGAAGGAACAAACGCUAGACUAAUGGUAAGGUUAUUGAUUAGAAAACUUAGAUCUAGACCAACGUCGAACUUUUCAUGACACGAACCGAACUCUAAUUUGGAUCGACCUAAAUUAAGUUAAAUUAACUUAAGAUCGUCUGUUGGGUCAGACGUCGAACUUAGGACUCGUCGAACCCAUUAAGUGAAUCAGAUAAGUAAUAAAUUUUCACUCGAAAUAGGCUAAAUAUACGUUGUAAUACAAUUUUGUAACCUAUUAGUUUAGUUCUUCGCAUGUGAAGAUCGACGUUAGUGCCGGAGACGAUCUUCAGAUGUUCCAUCCGUCUGAAGCAGACGGGUAGAUGACGUGUUGGACGAUCCAAACUCAUUCAGACGAACUUAACUGGGCAAGACGUCGAACUUUUCAUGAAGAACUCAUUAAGUUUGGUUUGUCUCCUGGAAAGUUCGAUGUUUGGCCUAGGCGUUAACGCACACAAUACAUAUAUAUUAGAGUGGUUUUCGUUUGAGUGUCGUAAAACCAAAACCAAAGUAAUUACUCUGGCCAAUCACAUAGAGUGGUUUUCGUUUGAGUGUCGAAAAGUAAUUGGUUUUGCACUUUCUACACGAUGCGAUUGGCUUAAAAGAUUCGCGCCACCUUUUCAUCCAAUCAGAAGUAAAACCAAAGCCAAUUGUGACGCGUUCGCAUGCAUUUUCCCGCGCUUUGUGUCAGCCACAUGUAAUUACUUCGAGUUUUGAUUGGUUCAAUGUAUUGCUGUGUCCUAUGUGAUUGGCCAGAGUAAUUACUUUGGUUUUGGUUUUACGACACUCAAACGAAAACCACUCUAGGACACAGACAAUACAUUGAACCAAUCAAAACUCGAAGUAAUUACAUGUGGCUGACGCAAAGCGCGGGAAAAUGCAUGCGAGCGCGUCACAAUUGGCUUUGGUUUUACUUCUGAUUGGAUGAAAAGGUGGCGCGAAUCUUUUAAGCCAAUCGCAUCGUGUAGAAAGUGCAAAACCAAUUACUUUUCGACACUCAAAUGAAAACCGCUCUAUACUUACAGUGAUUUUAGUUGCAGACUAAAAUAAGAGAACAAUUUUGCUGGGCGAGUUCGAAAUCGUUCCCUUUCGUGGUUUUCCCAUAUCUGAGAAGUUACUGUACUUCAACAGAUUACAUUAAUUUGGGUUGUGCGACUUUAAGAUUUACCUUCUAGCUCAUGAAAUAGUAACAAAGUGCGCAAUUUACAGAAAGCAAAUUCUGAGGGACUUUAGUUCUAAGAAAUAGUUUAAUGUUUUUUGAAGAUAAGCGAUCUUUUCACUUCACUUCUAGACAGAGUAAAAACACAACUUUAAAUAGACCCUAUCAGGGUUUUCGACGCCAUCUUGACAAGAUGUUCCCUGCUAGCAGUCUGGCCUCUUUUCGCUGGCAUUCAUUUCUCCCGCCCGCCGGCCCGUUGGAUGCCAGGGAAAAGAGGACUCGGGUAGCAGGGAAGACUAGAUGGCAAGCAGACGUGAAAUUACAGCGUUUGUACUAGAAACAGAUGUUAAAUAGUUUUUUUUUGAAAAGUCCGUUAAAAAAAAAAACAAAAAAUAAUAAAUCGCAGACGUAAGUUUCUCAGAAAAACCAAUUCUGACAAAAUUUGAUAGCCUCUCCUGCGCUAAGAUCGGCGUUUCUUUUAACAGUCUUUUAUUUUUUAUACACUUGUCUCAAUGUCAGUUAAAAUAUUUCUUCCCGCUGACUAAAAUUUCCCGGGAUAAUUGCGGACAAAUGUAUAGAAGAUCUGAACGUAGCAACAUCUUUGAAUUUUAUAUUUUUAUCUUAACAGCUUAAAACAGAACGGGACCUCAAGAAACAAAGAUUUAGAGAAGCAUACAUGAGCUUGUACUUCUAG